AUGGGCUGCAAUAUUUCUAACAGGGUCGGUGUCGCACAGCUGUCUUCUGAGGAGCUACAGAAGAACCAGGAAGCCAAAAACCAGACUAAAAAUGACAGCAUUGCUGGAACAGAGGCCGUCCCCUCGCAGGAUAGGGCAGCUUGGCCAACAGGCACUUCAAAGAAUGGAGCCAAACUUGAAGAUGAGACCAGUGAGGGAGACUCCCCUAAAGAACUACCAGAAAGAUUUACAUCUUCUCAGAAAAGCAACAAUGCACAAAGCACAGACGCACUGCUCACCAGCGAGUUCACCAGUAAAUCACGGCCCUUACAGGAAACAGAGAGGCAAAAAUCAUCAGACAUUCUUGAGGAGCUGAGGAUGCAGGGAGCAAUCAAGAGCAAAAGUACCACUGCCAGGACUGGAGAAGCGUAUGAAAACAAGAGAGAUGCCCUGGAAAAGACAUUGAAGAAACCACCAGCUAGGCUGGAAAAAAUUCAGUUUGGAAACAAGGAAGUUGGUGAUUUUACAGUGAAGGACAUGAAGACUUCUGCUGAAGCGAAAAAACAGGUUAGGGAACAGGAACUGAACAAAAUGCCCCAACACAUCACAUUUUUUCCAGCAACUCCCCACCAGACUACAGGGAAACAGACUGAAAAGGAGUGCCCAAGUUUUGAAAGUCAAGGAGGUACAGACACCCCUCAGCCCUCACCUUUAGAUGGUGAGCCAGGGGCACUGCUGAAGGAAAUAACUGCACAAACAAUUAUACCGAGGACUCGGUCAUCAAGUCUGAUAACUUACAACAGCAUCAAUGAAGUCAUCUGGAUCUAA